AUGCGCUUCCCCCACACUCUACUCUUGCUUGCAGUAGUUCAGCCCUCAACCGCAUGGCUUGUCAAGUACUAUGCCACAGAAGAAAUUCAACGUGGCUGGGGGACUACUAAACAUACCACCGUCUCGCCAGUCGUGACAACCGCUCCAUUGACAGUCGAACCGACCUCCACCUCCACGACGCAUUCUACAAAUUAUCUUACCAGGGACGGUCCCGGUAACUACCAAAUCAAUGUCACGACAGAGUAUCUCAUCUUGCCAAAUGUUACCAACCUUCCAGUUUCGGCUUUCUUUGUCUGGGCCCCACCAGUUCCAACCGAGAAUCCAUCCGUGACGACAAAUUAUUAUUUGCCCGUCACAUUGAGCAACCCUGCAUCAUGCACUAAGACCAAAUUCACAUAUACGGACUCGACUAGGAUCUUCCUUCCUAAGUUCUUGAAAGCGCAGGCGACUGCAUCGAGUAUAGCCACAUUCGUAUCGAACUAUGUGUCAACCAUAAGCACGAAUCUGGGCGGACAAGAAGUGACCACAUCAAUAUGCGAUGUCUAUAUGAAUGACAAGAUCGUGACCUCUAUUGAUCUCAUUGAUUAUGAACGGUAUCUUUCAGAGUGUAUAGAUCCGCGACGAUCAAUGUGUAGCUCAGGUGAAAAUACUGAAGCUACGGGCACUGGUGGUUGUCUUGGGGUAUACCCGCCCACCGGAGCUGCUAAUGGUGCAUCUACUACUACUUCAACUGGAGUUGCUGGAGAUCCGACUCAAACUGGUGCUGCGACAAUACUGAGAAGCUCAAUACGCUCAUUGAGCAUAUUUGCUUGCAUUUGGGCGACUUUGAUGUGCUGGUAG